AUCCCUUCUCCACCGAUAUCCAGAAACAACCAUAAACAUCUCUCUCUCUCUCUCCCCUUUAUGUAUCAUCCCACUCGAUCAGUUUCAUCCCUCAGCAGAGAGAUCAAACAGCUAAGAUCAGCCAUCCAAAUCAAGCUUCAAAGUCACCUUUCAUCGACCCAGAUCAUCAAAUCAUUCUCUUCUCUGAAUCAUAUCCAGUGCGAGCCCUAAUGGGUAGCUCAAAGAUGCCGGCAAUGUCGCUUGUAAUGGCGGCAAUGGUGCUUAUUCAGCUGAUGAUGCCAACCCAAACCGAAGCUCUGAUGCCUUUCACUCGCCCUUCUCUGUGGGAUCUAAUGGUCCCGGCCGAAGACCCAUUUCGAAUUCUGGAGCAGGCUCCAUUAACCGUCCCCAAGAACCUCGAGUCCUUGGCCUUGGCCCGCUGCGACUGGAAGGAAACGGCGUCGGAGCACCUCAUCGCGCUCGACGUCCCCGGCAUCGCCAAAGACGACGUCAAGAUUGAGGUUGAAGAGAACCGGGUGCUGAGAAUCAGCGGUGAGCGGAAGGCGGAGGCGGAGGUGGAGGGCGAGAAGUGGCACCGGGCGGAGCGCGCCGCGGGGAAGUUCUGGCGGCAGUUCAGGAUGCCGGGAAACGCGGACUUGGACAGGGUGAAGGCCCAUCUGGAGAAUGGGGUGUUGAGGAUCGUGGUGCCGAAGCUGGCGGAGGAGAAGAAGAGGCAGCCCAAGGUGAUCAACAUUGCGGCGGAGGACGGCGCCGGCGGGGACAUCAAGGCCACCAAGGCUGAGAUGUGAGUUCAAAUCGGCUUCUUGGAUUUGGGUUUUGUGUGAAAAGAGAUCGAUCUCUCGAUCCGUACGUAUACAGAUGGUGAUGAGUGGUUCAUUCGGUGUUUGUUUGUGGGCUUUAAGUUGGAAGUUCGAAUGUAUUUUGGGUAGUAGCUUUGGUCUGUCUGUCUCUAAUGUUUUUUAGUCUUUAUUACAAAAAUAAAAAUAAAAAUAAAAAUUAAACAUUUGUGAUUA